GAACCGCUUCCGUGUUGUGUUUGUUACUGGAAAACAGAAACUGCGUGAGGUGACAUAAUUUUCUGUCGGCCGUCAUUGAUUAGACAGCGAUGCUUUUGUAAACCGCUGCGUCAGAAGAGAUAUUAGAUUGGACUAUGUCGUUGAUUCCGGGCUCAAAGCAGAAGGACAGGCGCAUUUUAUGCGGGAUGUGCCCGGACCCGCAGUGCCAGGCGAAGCUCAUCUUCCCCGCACACACCUCCAUGAGCAUCGAGUGCACUGAAUGCGGCCAGAGACACGAACAGAAGAACCUCGCAAAUGUGGAGGAAGUGACCGACCCAGAUGUAGUGCUUCAUAAUUUGCUGAGAAAUGCUUUGCUGGGUGUGCCAGGCCCUCCUAAAAAGGGCUCAGAGCUGGUUAAAGUGAUGGGACUGUCCAACUAUCACUGCAAGCUGCUCUCUCCCAUCCUCACCCGCUAUGGCAUGGACAAACAAACAGGCACUGCCAAACUCUUAAAGGAAAUGAAUCAGGGAGAGAUCUUCGAAUGCUCGCUUCUUGGGGACCGUGCAUUUCUCAUCGAACAAGAGCAUGUGUCCACUGUUGGGUAUGGACGGGACCGGUCAGGGAGCCUGAUCUACCUACAUGACACUUUGGAGGAGAUCAAGAAAGCAAACUCGAACAGAGAGUGUCUUAUUCCCGUACACGUGGACGGAGACGGACACUGCCUGGUCCAUGCUGUGUCCAGGGCAUUAGUUGGACGUGAGCUCUUCUGGCAUGCCCUCCGGGAAAAUCUAAAACUCAAUUUCAAGCAGAACCUUGAUCACUACAAAGCCCUUUUCCAAGACUUCAUCGAUGCCGCAGAAUGGGAAGACAUCAUUAAUGAGUGUGACCCGCUGUUUGUCCCUCCAGAAGGGGUUCCUUUGGGCCUCAGGAACAUCCACAUAUUCGGCCUGGCGAAUGUACUCCACAGACCCAUAAUCCUGUUGGACUCCCUGAGCGGUAUGCGCAGCUCGGGCGAUUACUCCGCCACCUUCCUGCCAGGCCUGGUUCCAGAGGAGCAGUGCCGAGGAAAAGAUGGCACUCUGAACAAGCCCAUCUGCAUCGCCUGGAGUAGCUCUGGCAGAAAUCAUUAUCUACCCCUAGUGGGAAUCAAAGGCUUGGCUUUGCCUCGUUUACCUGCUGCACUGCUCCCGAAAGCUUGGGGUGUUCCUCAAGAGCUCAUUCGCAAGUACGUGAGCUUGGACUCCAGCGGAAGCUGUGUGAUUGGCGGCGACCGGAGCCUGCAGGAUAAGUACCUGCUGCGUCUCGUAGGCGCGAUGGAGGACGUCUUCAUGGACAAGCACGGCAUCCACCCUGCUCUAGUCGCCGACGUCCACCAGUACAUCUAUCGACGCACUGGAGUGAUCGGCGUGCAGCCGGAGGAGGUGACGGAAGCGGCUAAGAAAUCCGUUCAGGAAGGUCGUCUCCAUCGCUGCCUUGUUUGCAAUGCUCUUUCAGAGCUCCACGUGCCAGCGGAGUGGCUCAUACCAGGAGGGAAACUCUACAACUUGGCCAAAUCGACUCACGGGACGCUGCGAGCGGACAAGAACUACAGCUUUCCUUUAAAUAAUUUGGUUUGUUCCUAUAACCCAGAAAAAGAUGUUCUAGUGCCCGACUACAAACUCAGCUCACUCACGGCUUGCACCUGGUGUCAUGGAACUUCAGUGCGCCGCGUUCGUGGUGACGGCUCCGUGGUUUAUUUGGACGGAGACCGUACCAAUACUCGCUCACAGGGUGGGAAGUGCGGCUGUGGGUUCAAACACUUCUGGGAAGGCAAGGAGUACGACAAUCUUCCCGAAGCUUUCCCCAUCACUUUGGAGUGGGCCGGCCGUGUGGUGCGAGAGACCGUUUAUUGGUUCCAGUACGAAGCGGAUCCGACGCUCAACAGCAAUGUUUACGAUGUGACAAUGCGACUUGUCACGAAGCACUUCCCUGGUGAGUUUGGAAGUGAGAUUCUAGUCCAAAAAGUGGUGAACACCAUUUUGCAUCAUACCGCCAAGAGGAGCCAAGAUGAAUACAAUCCGGUUGCCAUUGAAGGUGCUCACGUGCAGGAUGGAAGAGAAGGGAGUGAAUCUGCCACUCACCCUCCUACAAAAAUCAUCCUGACUGGACAAAAGGGCAAAACCCUGCAUAAAGAGGAACUGGUGAUGAGCAAAACCGAAAGAGUCUUGCAGCACAGCAUCAGCGAGCAGGCCGCCCUCUCCCAGCGCCGUAGCACGGAUCGCUUGCGCCAGCAGGAUCCUCGCCCAUCAUCUCCUUCCUCUUCAUCAUCCUCUGCUCCUCCCACACCCACCAAAGUGCCGCCCACCAGCGGAGAGAAGAAGAUACGCGUAACGACCAGCGAUGGCCGGCAGGCCAUGCUUACGCUCCAGCCACACACCACCUACGGUGAGCUCCAGAACUCCAUCAUCCAGGUCUUCAACUUGUCUCCCGGACAGCUGUGCAUCCGACACGUUCCCCCUAGAGAGCUGCCCCCGCCGCGUCCCGAGGACCAGAACCAGCCUGUUGCGCUUCAGCAUGGCGACCGCAUCUCUGUGGAAGCGCUGAAAGAGAGUUCGCCCGAUACUCACAUGACCCAGACGCACACUCACGCGCCUCAAACGCACGCUCACUCUGAUCCACGACUCAGCCGCACCAGUAGCAGGGAACUUCAGGACAACAUUGACCUUGAGAUGUCAUCACUCUGUCUCCUGGCAGCACUUAUGGGUGAAGAUGUCUGGUCAUAUGCCAAGAAACUGCCUCACCUGUUCCAACAAGGAGGAGUCUUCUACAAUAUUGUGAAGAAAGACAUGGGUCUGUUGGACGGGAAGCAUUGCACACUGCCCCACUUGUCGGGUAAGACGUUUGUGUUCAACGCUGCGGAGGAGCGUUUGGAGCUGUGUGUGGACACAGCCGGCCAUUUUCCAGUGGGCCCUGACGUGGAAGAGCUCGUCCAGGAGGCCCUUUCCCAACUCCGUUCAGACUCCGCCUCCCGUAGCCGCGAGGGAAGCCCCGCCCACGGCCUGCGAUUGGGCGCCGGCGGCGCAGUGCGUAGGAAAGAGCAAACCGUCACGGCCUUCCAAGGCAAAGGUCACUCACUGGGCUCCGCCCCUCCUGAACACCCACCAAUCAGGCGGCAGCACAGCAGCGGCGUAGAUCUCAGCAACAGCGCUCGCGGCGAAGAAAUAACGUUGUCUGGGGAAGAGUUGGUGCGCGUAGCUCCGGGCAUGCUCACUUUACGCGAGGGCCGCGGAUUGGGGCUUGAGCCCGCCGUGAUCGAAGCCCAGCGGCAGCGCCUGCAAGAGAUGGUUUCAAACAUACAAGCGUCCAUGGACAAACACUUGCGCCAGCACACUGCAGCAAGGCAUGAUGUGAAGGAAGAAGAAGAGGCUCCUGACAAACAGGAGGAUAUGGAAAGUCACGGAGCGGAGCCUCCCAGCACCUUCGAACCCAUGGACCAAUCUUGAUACUUCAUUACCCGCAUAGCAGAGUGAGCUUCCUGGCAUAACACGCAUACACACACACUGUGAUUCAACUAAUGAAUAAUGGUGCAGCCGAUUUACUGACACGUGCGUCCUUUGAGUGUGAAACUCAUUCCUUAAAUAGUCUUAAGAUGUGAAAUUUGGAGUGGUUAUUACAGGAAUUGAGUGUCGGCUUUCAUCCACCGAAAAUAUAUACAUGGUGCACACUAAUUUAAAGAGAUAGUUCUAGUCAUUUACUCACCGUCAUGUCAUUCCAAAUGUCUUUACUUUUUCUGUCCAUAUAAUGAAAGUCAAAGGGGUCCAAAAUAACAUUGGACCCAAAUGUCUUCUUUUGUGUUUCGCGAAAGAAAGAAGUAUACAGAAUGAUAUGAGGGUGAGUAAAUGUUGACCCAAUUUUCAUUUUUGGUUGAACUAUCCUUUCAGGAUCCUUGAGCUUUGCUAGUCUUUACAUAUAGUACUUAAAUAAUCAAAGUGCACUUUGACCCUCAUUGCUGGGUUCACAGCUCUCUUAUCAACUUAAUUCACAACCCAAUUUGAAACACUCUAAAACACUGAGUCUAAACUUCAGCCCUGCAUCUGUGUGCACUUAGUAGGUAACAGGGUCUCCAUGAUCAUAUGUUUGUGUCCUCAACACAGUUCCAGCCUGUGGAAACAAACAGCUUAGUCAGCUAAUCAGUUUAGUGAUAUAGUCGUCUUUUGCGCUUCUCUACCCCACAAUUCAUCGCAAAAUCUAUCCAAAGAACACUACAUGGUAAAAGCAGCAUUUCACGUUUACUCAGUAGCCCAACUGCACACUCAGAGCACAGAAACCUCAGCAUAGAGUUUCUAGAGUUUUGUGUAAUCUCCAAUUGGCCUUUGAAUUUCUCAGUGUUGCCUUUGUUGCAGCCCAGACUCACUAUUUGGUUUUAUUGUACCGUUUUGCAUGUCCUUUCUUCUUUAAACACUCUUCAGUGCAAGACAAUUCAUACAAGUUUACUUAGUAUCGGAAUGUAAUGUAGAUUCUGGGAAAAUCUAAACAGAAAGUAGCCGAGUGGGUGAGUUCAGCGCUGUAGUGAAGUUGUUACCUGUGUGUUAGGCCAUGCUAAUAUGCUGAAGUAGAGUGGAAUGUGCGUCAAGGACGGUUUAAAUGUUUUCUUUUGAGAAAAAUAUAUAUCUACAUUCUGUUUGAGAGAGAGAGAUUUUUCUCAUCACCUUGGCAACUGAUUCAUAUAAACCAAAAAAUAAGACGUUUACAGUAAAACAGAUUAAUAGUGCUGUUGUGCUUCGGUCUGGGUAGAGAAUAAAGCGGAUGGAAAAUCCUAGAGAUUGUGCUGAACCCAUAUCUAUUGAAAUUUUGCUGAGCUGUUGCGUUUAACCCGGUGUUGCCAAAAACAGGUGCUCAAACCUGUUGUUAACAGCCUUAAUGAGUCUUCUACCCUCCCCGAUUUGCAGUGACACACUUCUGUAUGACAGGAGUAUUGGAACGAGGCCUGACUUUUGGUCCGAGGCCAAGCGUGAUGUUGGAGGAUUGAUGAGCUUUUAAAAGAUUGGAUUUUGAUUUUUAAGUCGACGACAUCUAUACCAGAGCACUUUUUCUGUGUGGGCUUGUUUAUUAGCUCUUGAACAUAAUUGAUAUUUGUUGGUGUAAAGAGCAGCACAAAAGAAAUGUUUUACUGCUUCAUGUAACACAGACUCAAGCGCAGGUUGUUUCUCUGUGACUGCUGCCCUCCUGAUAUAUUGUAUUCCAGUGUACAAUAGUGGUAUAUAUUGUAUUAUACUUUCAUCUGUACAGAUAUUGAAUCUGUUUUGUUUUUUUCUCUCCCCCCUUCUGGAUUGUUUCUCCUCUGUUUUUCAGUAAAACAGUUGGAUGAUUCUACGCAGCUGAGAAAUCUGCUGAUUGCAUGCUUGAUUACUUUUCGCCUAACAACAAUAAAGUUAUUCCAUCUGUAUGAAA